GGGGAAGGUGAAGAGCGGGUCUGCACAUUGUGACUUGAUUUGAGAUGAUUUUCUUUUUCUGAAUUUCUACUUUGUCGAACAUUUGAGCACGUACACCGUACACACCGGGAGCCUGUGAUGAAGACUGUACCCUCUUCGUCUGAAAAAAAAAAACUGGCUGAUUUUGAUUAAAAAAAUGGUCCAGAGGAUGUCUUCGACGAGUCGGGCGCUGCUCUUUGCACUGGCCCUGACGCUCUACGUAGUGGAAAUGGCCUCGGCGGAGACGCUGUGUGGGGGAGAACUGGUGGAUGCGCUGCAGUUUGUCUGUGAAGACAGAGGCUUUUAUUUCAGUAGGCCAACCAGCAGGGGUAACAACCGACGCCCCCAGACCCGUGGGAUCGUAGAGGAGUGUUGUUUCCGUAGCUGUGACCUCAACCUACUGGAGCAGUACUGUGCCAAACCUGCCAAGUCCGAAAGGGACGUGUCAGCCACCUCUCUACAGGUCAUACCAGUGAUGCCCGCACUAAAACAGGAAGUUCCGAAGAAGCAACAUGUGACCGUGAAGUAUUCCAAAUACGAGGUGUGGCAGAGGAAGGCGGCCCAGCGGCUCCGGAGGGGUGUCCCCGCCAUUCUGAGGGCCAGAAAGUAUAAGAGGCACGCGGAGAAGAUUAAAGCCAAGGAGCAGGCUAUCUUCCACAGGCCCCUGAUCAGCCUUCCUAGCAAGCUGCCUCCCGUGUUGCUCACCACGGACAACUUUGUCAGUCACAAAUGAGCCCGCUGCCAGCCCUUUGCACAGACAAGAGUUUUGAGGGUGAAAAAAAGACUAGGGGAUUAUAGCUUUGUCUCUGACGUCAUUUCUGUGGCAGUCCUCUUUGACCUCCCCUGCCCUGUCCGAGCUCACCAAUCCCUCCCCCUGCACAUAUCCACUACGUCUUGAACCCCUGGCCCUUUUCUAAUGCCCCCCUUCCCCCGAACUCCCCCCUCCCCACCAACCCACCCUCCUCUGGCACACAGACAUGCCUUCACAUUCUUCCUGUCUGAACUCUUUCUCUCCCACUCUCUUUCAGUCACUGAUACAAAAGGCACAAACACAAAUGUCGAACAAAAAGUUAACAAUUCGGCUGAAUGCGGUUCAGGUGGAUCCUUAAGCAAAAGACAAAAAGAGAAGGGAAAAAGAAGAUGAAAGAGAUCUGUCGUUUGCAAGUGUCAAGAGGACACCUAGCGGAAUGUUUUUUGUCCUUGUGGAAGACAACUGAAAGUGAAGAGCUGCUUGCAUGAAAGAAUCCAUUCCACCUCAUUUUUCCUGAGGCGAAAAGAAAAUCUCUGUUAGUUCUUUAGUUUGCACCUCUACCUAUAAUGGGACUUCCACACUGUAAGGAAUUAUUUUGUAAAAUUAGAUUCCUGUUCCAGCACCUUUUGAUCACAAACAAAAAGCAGAAAAGAGUCUGCAAAAUUGCACAUUGCCACGGAUUACGUCAAAGUAAAGAAAAAAAUGGCACUAUUUUUUUAUGAACAAUGAACGUGUAGCUUAAAAAAAUGUCAUGGUGCUAGCUUUGGGAAUGGACUCAAAGAAGAGGUGGAAAAGCACGUUUUUUUUUCUUUGAAUUAAUAAUUAAAGCUUUCCGUUUUAAGGAAAGUGUGACUUUUUAAAAAAAGGAAAAUAAAGGAUAUGGGGGAGCUCCUGGCAGUGGCAAUGUCAAGGGGGAAGAGUCACUGAGGAAAAAUAUGGGCUGUGUUGGCAUCUAGGCUCAUGGUGAGUGCUAGCGGCUGCUAUUUACUAGUUUGCCAGCAUAAGCAGCAAGGGAUGACCCGAGACCUAGUCCCUGUUCCUCCUGUCCCUCUGAGGCUGCUGGACACAUGGAGCACUAUGGGGACACAUACGGGACACCAUGGACCACCUGGAUUGGGACAGUACUAUA